AUGCUGUCAGUCGACGCUCACAAUGUCCGUCCUUCGAAGAUACUCCAGAGCCUGACCAAUCAUAGCCUUGCCACCGACCUGUGUUACUCCGGUGGACGACAUGGCUUAGAGGCCAUCAGUCAUGUAGGAGCGUUUUGGGUCAUUGUGGGUAAUGCGUUGAAUGUCCCGACUGUUCCAGAGGUUAGGGUGGUCCCAUCGACAUUUGUCACUGGUAACGCUUUCAUGGUCGACCCUUUGGAUGAGAAGAUUACAAAUCUAGACAAUCCACAAUUCACUCCUCAAGAAGAUGCUGCGAUUAGAACUCCUUUCCAGGUCUCAAAAUGA